GAUCCACAAAACGACAACGUUUAAGCCAAAACCAGUCGACGCUUUUGGACCUUCGUCUUCCUUUUCUCCGUCCUCUUGUUACAAUGCCCUAAAAAAUCUGAAAUCAACAAAACUUUUUUUAAGAAAAAAAUAUAAAAAAACCCUAAUUUCGAUCUUUGAUCUCUCCACCCUCUAAAAUGGGAUCCUCCUCCGACAUCAUCCCUGACCAAUCUCCCCUCAACCACGACGUCUCCGGCAUCCCCGCCGGCGAUCUUUCUCCGGUCGCCGAUACCAAAACUCCCGCGGAGGACACCACCACGCCGCUCAGGAGAACGAGGCCUUCGCGCGCUUGCACUGUUCGGACGCAGCAGCGGCUCCAGGAGCAGCGAGCGGCGGAGAGGAAGCUCAAACCGGCUAAGAAGGAGUGUAAACGGAAGGAAGAGGUGGUUGUGGUGGUAGACAACGACGAUCAAGAUGAGGAUGAGGAGGAAGAUGAUGAUGGUGAUGAGAGUCAGAUGCAGCAAUGCGUUGGAGGAAGAAGCUCAGCGAAAAGCAAGAUCGUUACUUCGCUUGUCCCGCCACCGGAGCCUUCGCAGAUGCCGCGGUGGAAUCUUAGGUCUAUGUGGGAGCUUGCUUCCGUCCUCAACUUCUUGCAUGUUUUUAGACCACUUUUGAAAAUCAAUGUGGAGUUUUCAGCGGAGGAGUUUGAGACGGCUUUGCUGAAUCCUAACGAUACUUUAAGUGAUAUUCAUAUUCCUCUCUUAAAGGCCAUUCCUCCUGUAACUCGAAUGGCUCUCACACGUGAUACCUGGGUUACUGUCUUGUGCAGAAAAAUUAGAGAUUGCUGGCAUUGGGUCGCAGAAGGGGACCUUCCUAUUGUUGCCUCGCAAGGGCGGGAGACGGAAGUGUACAAAUCUUUUGAUCCAGCUGUUCGUGUGGUGAUUUUGAAAGCUUUAUGUGAUAUUCGUGUUGAGCAAGAGGAUAUCAGGAGCUACAUUGACCACUCUCUUAAAACUGGUGUUCAUCUGUCAGCUUUUCGCAAAGAUCGCGUUGGGGGUGAUUCACAUGGAGUUAAUUUUUGGUAUGAGGAUGAUCCCUUAGUUGGUCACCGUUUAUAUCGGGAAAUAAGGAAGGCAGAGGUGGUUAAGGCCAAAACUAAGGGUUCCAAGAUUCCUCCUAACGUAACUUUCCAAUGGGAAGCUGUUGCCACUAAUUUCGACGAAUUCCAGGAUGUUUCUGAAAAGCUUAAUUCAAGUAGUAGUAGAAUUGAAAAUUUUCUAGGGAAGAAGUUAACGAGAGAUAUGCUUCCCGAGAUUGAAAAAGAACACAAGAGGAAAGAAAAAUUGUUGAAAAAGCAACAUAGACAGGCUCUCCUCCUCGAUAACUGUUUGGUUGUUGAUGGUCUUGGUGCUGGCCGUUCUCUCCGUGAUAGGAAGCCAGUUAGAUACACUUUUGAUGAUUAUGAUCAGUCGAUAAAUGAAGCUAUCAAGAUAACAAAGAUGAAACAUCCAUCACCAGAAUCUAUUCUUCACAGAAGAGAAUCAGCCAGAUUGGACGCUCUUGAGAAUGGCAGAUCGACAAGCUCAAUCCACCCUACUGAGCCUGUGAACGAUACAGCAUGUGCCAGAUCUUCUGAUUUUGCUGACAAUGAUGCGCUCGAUGAGCAGAGAGAUGAGUCCUUGGACAGAAGUAACAGGCGCAGACAACGGUCCCAGCGGUAUUCAGCAACAGACUUCGUUGAAACUGUUUCAGACAAUGAAGUAGAAUUUGAAAGCGAUGAUGACAUUGUUGGGGAAGCAGUUUAUGAUGAAGAAUAUAUGAGGAAGCGUAAACAGAGGAAGUUUUCUAGUGGUUCUGAGGGAGAGGAAGGGGGAGAUAAAGGAGAUAAAGGAGAUGAAGAGUACAAAUGGGAUGAAGACAAUGCUGAGUACGAGGAAGAAGAAGAAGAGGAGGAAGAAGAUUCUCUAAGUGAUAGCGAAGAAGAUAGUGAUGAACCCCGAAGGGUUAAGAAAAUGCCACGGCGAGAAACUAAGUCAAGAUCAAGGUCAAAGGAUUUCCGACCUGGCCUGAGACGUAGCAAAAGAGCCACAAGAAUCGAUUACCAACAAUAUGAGCUCUCAGAAUCAGACAAAGAAGCAACUGGAGCGGCUAAAAGUAAGCGAUUGGUUGAGCCAGAUGAACAUUCGGAUGAAACAGGGAACGGGAAUUUCACUAUGGAAAGCGAAGACUCUGAAGAAAAUGCAAAUGACCCUGAAACAAAGUCUUCUGAAGAAGAAAAGCCCAGAGAGGUCAAUGACUAUGCCGAGACGGCAAAUGGUACCGAGAAUAAUCAACUUAGCAAAUCAAACGGCACAGACCAAGAAGAAGUUGAGGGUGUAGUAGGUAAAAGGCGUUUCCUCGACCUAAACGAGCUUGCUCCAGUAUCUGGUUUUGAUGAUGGUCCAAGUGCAGUAUUGAAGGAAGAUGGUAAGGCAGACAAUUCAUAAGCAAGACAUGGAGACUUCUCUUUAGCGUCUGAAAGCUCCAUCUGGCCAAACCACCAUUGUAUGAUAUAAGCAAGAUUUUCACGAGUUAUUUCUGGUCAAACCCCUCUUCCAGAGAAGUUAAACGGUAAGAUGUACUUCAUUGGCUUGUUCUGCAUUCAAGCAUCUCUGCUCUGUUGUUUUCAACUUAUUUCGGUGGGUAAGUGAAAGUAGAGAAUGUUGCAGGGAGGCCUAAAGAUGAAGUAUUUGUAGAUUAGGUUAGUCAUAUUUUUUUCUUACCUUGAAAAAGAAACAAUGAAGAGGGUGAAUCAGAGAUUCCUAAGAGCUGUUUAAUGUUGUGGAAUUAUAAUGUGUACAAUCCACCUUUUUCUAACUUUUGUAAGAACCAUAUGAACACGUUCAUGGUC